AUGUCUAACGAAGUUGUGAUACACGAUUGUUGGAGACAAAACCUUGACGAGGAAUUUGCGCGGAUUCGGGCGUUGAUGAAAACAUAUCCCUAUAUUGCAAUGGACACCGAAUUUCCUGGCGUUGUAGCGACUCCGAUGGGGCAAUUCCGAUCCAAGGAAGAUUUCAAUUAUCAACAAGUCUCUUGCAACGUAAACAUGCUCAAACUGAUCCAGGUUGGAUUCGCUCUUGUCAACGAGAAGGGAGACUUGCCACCUGGUGGUGAUGUUUGGCAAUUCAAUUUUCAGUUCAGCCUAGACGAUGAUAUGUACAGUGUCGACAGUGUUGAAAUGUUGAGAACAGCGGGGAUUGAUUUCAAUCGUUUAAGGACAGAUGGUAUCAAUAUGGAAGAUUUUGGGGAAUUGCUCACGACCUCUGGACUUAUUGUCGAUCCAAGCAUAACCUGGGUGACAUUUUCGAGCGGCUAUGAUUUCGGCUAUCUUAUGCGAUCGAUUAUAAAUACAGAACUUCCAAAAGAGGAAAUAGAAUUCUUUCGGUUCCAUCGAAUCCUCUUCCCCUCAUGCUAUGACAUUAAAUUGUUGCUGAGGUUGCCCGCUUGUCAAAACGCGAAACUGAAAGGAGGACUUCAAGAAGUCGCUGAUCAAUUGGAUGUCAAAAGAAUUGGGGCUAGGCAUCAAGCCGGCUCAGAUGCGUUAUUAACCGCAAAAAUAUUCUUCAAGAUCAAGCAACAAUUCUUUGAUGAGCAAGCGUGGAAUCAGGCUUCACUACAAGUAUGUGGGCACAUGGCGGGUCUUGGAGAAUCACGAACAGUUGGUGUCACCUCUAGCAGUCAGCCAAACCUACCAUCCCUCGUAAAGGAGGCCGACGUCAAGAACAACGCAGCCGAA